AUGUUUACGGUACCUGGCGAAUGCUUCAGGCCUGCUGUACUGAAGUUGCUGUUCCAAACCAGUCCUCGUCCUUUUCUCUCUGCUACUUACAGGGCGCAGAUCCUGACUGUUCGACGUCUCAACAACCCCAGAUCCAUCAGCACUUCUGGCAGUUUCCACGAAUCCUUCUCCAAAUUUCGCAAUUUUCAUAAUGGUGACCAGUUCACUAAACAAUUCAUUGAUACGGCUGCCCAAUACACUGUUUCUGUGGCAUACAAUCCAAAGGAUAGGCAUGAAUCUGGGGCCCACGUCCAGACGCAGAAUGGUUCCGAUGCCGAAACCGAGGCCGAUUCAGAACCCGGAGAAUUUGUCUCCAACUUCAAGAAGAUCGUUCGUAACCGUUCGAAUGUCACAGAUGCCAUGCAUUCUCCCACGGGUGAAGAUAACUACGUUGUCGCAUAUUCUGACCAGGGAAUGCUCCUCGGUGUCUUGGACGGCGUAGGAGGAUGGGCUGAACAGGGCUAUGACUCCAGUGCCAUCAGUAGAGAGUUAGCCAGUAUUAUAACCCAACUCUAUUUGCAAAAUCCUUCACUUACCGCGGCACAGAUCCUUGAUAGAGCCUAUGCUCAAGUCAAGCUGGACGGGAAAGUCGAUGUAGGUUCCACUACAGUCGUAUUUGGAAUAGUCGACGCUAAGACGCUGCAGUUGGAUGCCGUGAACCUAGGAGAUUCCUGGUUCGGUAUUUUCAGGAAGCAGCCAAAUGGCAGGUAUAGAUGUUUCUAUCAGUCCAAGGAACAAACCUAUUAUUUCAACGCUCCCUACCAGCUCUCUAUAAUCCCCCCUCGUAUUCUGAAGGAAGCAGAGCGCAAGGGAACUAAGUUCUUGAUGAAUGUGCCUGCUGAUGCCGACAAAUAUGGUGUUAAGUUGUUGCCAGGAGACGUCGUCUUGUUCACCACUGACGGAAUGGUCGAUAAUGUUGGACCAGAGGACUUGGAGAUCUAUUUGGAUGACACUUUGAACGGCAAAGAUUCCGUCUCUAGUUUAGGACAGAUCAACAAGAAUCUAGUCUCAAAGGUAGUCGUAUUGGGUAAGGAUCCACAGUUCAACAGUAUCUUCUCCCAAAGACUCAGUCGUUUGGCAAGUCAGCCAUACAUUGGCGGUAAACCCGAUGAUGUCACUUCUGUCAUUAUGGCCAUUACUGAGGAGUGA